AUGCUGUGUACAGAAUGCUGUCCUGCGAAGGAUGAUGAAGGCCUAUCAACCGUUGGCCAACGGCGUCCGCAUGCCACCAGGUACAGUUAUCCGCAAGAUGAGCCGGCACCCUAUUACCCUUCCCCAUACGACUAUCCAGGAUAUCCACCCCAAGACUAUGGACCUGGUCCCUACCCACCUUAUGGCUAUCCUCCGCAAUACUAUCCACCUGAAGGUUAUCCACCUCAAUACUAUCCACCUGAAGGUUACCCACCUGAAGGCUAUCCACCUCAA